CAUUUAGUCAUCCCAAAAAUGUAGAAGAAGCUAUUGAUGCAGCUAAACAAGUUGAGAAACAGUUAUCCUUAAACUAUGCAACUCUCUCCAAUGUGUUAUCUGCACAACUUGAAGGAAAACCUGAAAGAAAAAAGCCAAAAGAUGAUAGAAAUCUUACAAAAGUCUGGGAUACAAAGGCUUGGGAUAAAAAGGAUGUUAUUUAUUAUCAUUGCCAAGAAAAAGGACAUUAUUCAAAAGAAUGCAUGUCUGAAAAACCAGUAUAUCAAAGGAAACCUGAUAAAAGAGAAGCCAGUUAUGUUGGAGUUUUUACAGAAA